AUGGAGAACCAAGUAGAAGUUCAAGAAGGAAUAGAAGCCGAUAUCCAACAGCUGAAAGGACAAAUCAGUCGAAUCUUAGAAGCCCUGAAUGCCUUACAAAGCCCCGGAGAUCCAUCUGCACAAAGACUACAACAAGAAGUUCCGGAAGCACAAACUUUCCCUUCCCAUCGUCUUCCCCCGAAUUAUACUCCACCCUUAGGAGUGGACUUGGGACAUCUUGACACUCAAAAGGCCGAAGAUAAUGCAGUUGAGGUAGAAGACGAGCCUGGGGCAACCACUUUCACAAUUCCUGGGCAGAUUAUCCAACCAGGUAUUGAAAGCAUGAUGAUGAAAAAACAACCUAAGACGAAGUCUCCAUCUUGUGUCAUUACACCAGGAGAUUUUAAGGAUGAUAAGAGCAGAUUAGAAGUCCUUGAGAAGAGGUUGAGAGCCAUAGAGGGUGAAGGAAGUUUUGAAUUUGAAGAUGCUAAAAAACUGUGUUUAGUUCAUGAUGUGGUGAUACCUCCAAGGUUCAGGAUGCCAGAAUUUGAGAAAUAUCGGGGAAAUACUUGCCCGAGGGGCCAUAUAACCAUGUACUGCAGGAAAAUGGCAGCUUAUGUCCACGAUGAAAAACUUUUGAUUCAUUUCUUCCAAGAAAGUUUAACUGGCAUGGCUCUAACUUGGUACAUGCGUUUGGAAACGACUCACAUCUACUCAUGGAAAGAUCUGGUUAGCGCAUUUCUAAAGCAGUAUGAAUAUAAUAAAUAUCUAACACCUGACAGAUUACAACUGCAAAACAUAGUGAAGAAAGAGUCCGAAUCAUUCAGAGAAUAUGCCCAAAGGUGGAGAGAAAUUGCUGCUCAAGUAGAACCGCCUCUGAGCGACAAGGAGAUGACUAUCAUAUUUUUGAAUACUCUGCAAACCCCAUUUUAUGAACACAUGAUAGGCAGCGUUUCCUUAAGUUUUACUGACAUAGUAGUAAUUGGAGAGAGGGUUGAGAGUGGCACAAGAAGUGGAAAAAUUGCACUAGGCCCAGAGCUAGUAGCCAGUCUAAACGAGUAUGGUCUUAGACAUGAGAAAGAUAAGAAGCAAAGAGCUAAUUCCCAUUUUACUGCCUAUCCUCAAAUGUCACAUUCCUAUGGGUCUAGUCGAGCCACUGAACGAAGAAAUUACAAUCGUGAUGAGAAGGUCGCCAACUUCACUCCUAUCCCCAUGACCUAUACAGAGCUACUACCAGAUCUUCUCUGCAGAAACCUCAUAAAGAUUUGUCCAACCAGGCCUAUACGACCUCCGUAUCCAAGGAGCUAUGACGUAAAUGCCAGAUGUGAUUAUCAUGGAGGGGCGUGUGGACAUUCAAUAGAGGCAUGCAAGGCUUUGAAACGUAAAGUGCAAUCUUUGAUCGAUUCAGGAUGUUUAAAGUUUGAAGAAAUGCAAUCCAGCAUUGUGGCAAGGCAUGAGUUCACCACUACAAAUGCCAAGGACGAGUGA